GUAAGGUAAUAGGUUAGUUUCAUUAUCAUCGCAGUGGGAAAUAAGUAGUCCAGGUCAGGGGCUUCACUCACGGGAACACCUGAACUUUGGUCUGAUCUAAGGCAACUUUUAAAAGAUCAGAUCAGUUGUGGGUCAAGCUUUUAUCUUUAGAAGCUCGGAACUAAACUUUCCUUCUUCAGAUGCUCCGACUUACGCGAGGAAUACAGAGGAAGGCUUUUUUCCACGACAACGGGGGCUAUGGCGACGGCUAUUCUAGCAGAAAUAUCUUUGCUCUGCCUGGACGCUGGGUUUCAUUGACUAAAGGGGCUCACAGGACAGUUAGCCAGACAGUCAUGUCUUCCUCCAGCUGAUCACCGUCCCCGAGCCGAGGAAGAAGAGGUUUGGAUAUGUUGCACCACAUGGAUUGGGAUUCAGCGGAUGAUGUUCUGGAAAUGUUAACCGACGAGCCCCUCCACACAUCCGAAUCUCGUCAGUCAAAGCCGUGGACGAGCAACAUCUCAGAGGCUGAAUUCUCGUGCCACUGCUGCUACGACAUCUUGGUCAACCCCACCACCUUAACCUGUGGCCAUAACUUCUGCCGCCACUGUCUGGCUCUGUGGUGGGAGUCUUCACACAAGAAUGAAUGCCCAGAGUGUCGGGAGAAGUGGGAAGGCUUUCCUAAAAUCAACAUACUGCUGAGGGAUGCAACCGAGAAGAUUUUCAGUGAGGUCGUUCAGAGGAGGAAAGCAGAAAUCCAGGCAAACCCCAAAAUCUCCCGAAGCUUGUUGUCCUUUCAGAGGUACGGGGACAAGUUGGGUAGAUCCAGGACAAGCCAGAACAAGGGAGCGGGUUUCUUCUUCUCUGGAGUUUUAACUGCUCUGACAUGUGUGGCAGUGGUGGUGUUGGUGUACCACUGGGGCAGUGGAGUAGUGGAGCAGAAUGACUUGUUGAUUAGUAAGCCAGUGUCUCACUGGACUCCAGAGGAGGUUGUGUCAUGGCUGGAACAGCUGGGUCCGUGGACCGAGAACUACAGAAAACCCUUCCAGCUGGAGAAUGUUAAUGGAAGGUUACUGCUGAUGCUGGGAGACGAAGAGCUGUUAAAAUCACCGUUCAGCAUAGAGAAUCAGACACACAGGCGGGCUGUUUUGGCAGAACUGGAACGCGUUAAAGCACUGGGGGUGAAACCUCCACAGAACCUCUGGGAAUACAAAGCGGCUAAUGCAGGAAAAUCGCUGUUCUUGCUGUAUGCACUGAAACGCUCUCCUCGUCUCACAAUAUUUUACUUCUAUUUAUUCGAUUAUUCGGAGACGUUCCUGCCCUUCCUCCACACCUGCUGCCCGGCCAUCUCACACAUCGAUAACACUGUGGAAAGCAGGUUCCUCUACACACAGUUGGAGCCCAGCUGGCAGCAGUGGGCAGAGUUUCUCGUGAAAUACUUCGUGCUUCCAUACCAGCUGAUCGCCGAGUUUGCCUGGGACUGGCUGGCCGUCCACUACUGGACGUCCCGCUUCAUCAUCGUCAACGCCAUGCUGCUCUCUGUGCUUGAGGCUUGCUCUCUGUGGAGGCUCUGGACGACAGCCCCGAUCAGGACUCUGCCACAGAAGAUGUGGAACCACCUGUGGAAAAUGCUUUCUCAGGGAUUCGCCUUCGCCCUCCUGUGGCCUUUUGUCCCACAGUUUGUGUGCAACUGCCUUUUCUACUGGGCGCUCUACUUCAGUCCCAUUAUUAACAUAGACCUGGUGGUGCAGCAACUAAUGCACCCUGAGACACAGGCGCGGUAACAGACUGCAUAUGUCAGUGCCUAUGCUAUGCUGUAAAGUUGACGGCAAACCAAAAUAGCCCAGUCUGACAUCCGGUUGCAGGACCGAAGGAUUUAUUUUCAGCCAUAAAUUCAGAGUGGCUUCAUUUGGUGUUUGAUGGGAGGUUUUCUGUCUUCCUGUCUUUAAUCUUUGCUAGAUUAUGCAGUGUGGAAUGAGAGAGACUCCAAGCUGUCAUAGGAGGAACAACUGAUCACUGCUGCAAUAUCUGGAUGUCUUCUGUGUAUUAAAAACCACAAUGACCAUAGGAUCCCAGUGACAAUUAUACAAAGGAAAGUCAGAACUGAACACUGCUGGUAGUAAAGAGUUAUCAAGCAUGACUAGUUCAGUGAAUACUAAAUGAAUGGUCGCUAUAGAGGACAAAAUUUACUUCAUUCUGAUAAUUUGACUUCUGUUGUCAAAGAUUUUUGCUGGAAACGUAAUCAAGGAAUGAAAUGCACAUCUGCUUCAUAAAGAUCAUAAUAUUUGAUACAAAAUUUUGAGGUACUCUGCAUCUUUAUUGCAACACUGGUUCUCCUGCUACAAAUCCAUGCAAAAACUCCAUUUGAGAGAUUUAGUGAGAUUACAAUGUGGUAACUACUGCAUUUUAUAGUUUAUACUUCUUUCUGUUCAGAUGUUGAAGACUUCUUUCCCAGAUUUUAUUUUUUUGCUGAAAAAAAUCGUAAAGCUUGUUGAGAUGCUGAUAGAAAUUGCAUUUUUUUAACAAUGUGUUUUGUUUUUUGUUUUCAGUUGCUUAUACUGCUGAUGAAUACUGUUGCACAUGUUUUACCAUUCAGAAGAACAUUUGUUUCAAGUUCUUUUCCAUUUAAUUGUUGGACCAAGCCAAUCAGAGAAUAGUUUUUUUUACUAUUUGCACUUAAAUUUCAAAACUGUGAUAAAGCUCUUUUAUGUUCUCUAAUGAAUGAAUGAAAUAAAGUUUUUUAAGGCA